UAUUUUUAAAGUUAAUCUUCGGUUCAAAACUUGAUUCAUCUGUUCAUCUGUGCUCCUCCUCCUCCUCACAGCUCCUCCUCCUCCUCACAGCUCCUCAUAAGUGAAGGUUCAUGUGUUCAUCUGUCAGAACACAUCAUCUCUAGCUCUCAGGAUUCAUCGCGUUAUCAUAUUAUUUGUAUUAUUUUUGUUAUUUGUUGGAUUAACCCUUUAACAUGGACAUGCACACAGGAAGCAGCUGUUGGGAUCAGCUGAUCCAGAUUCACUUGUCCGGUUCAGAGUCUCCCUGUGACACACACAGAGUGGAGGUUCCCAGGGAGCAGAUGGAGGUGGUGAGAGGAGAGAAGGUGGUGUUUCACGCUUGGUACAGUCCGACCUCGGACUUCUCCAGAAACUCUGUCGUGUGGCAGUUCAUGGGAAACACGACGAAGCAGGUGAUAAACUUCAGCUCAGGUGAGGUGGGCCUGGGUCAGGACCAGUUUGCCUCCAGAGUGGGUUUCAGCGCCUCCAUGCCCUCCACAAACCUCUCCAUCUACAUCAACAACACGCACGAGUCCGACUCUGGACGCUACGUGUGCAGCGUCCUCAUCCCGAGGAACCCCGGCCUGACCGGGGAGAUUCAUCUCAGCGUCAAAGUCCCCCCCUCCCCCCCAGUGUGCAGCAUGAGUGGAGACGCGGUGGUGAAGGGGAACGUGACUCUGACCUGUAAAUCCUCUCAUGGAAAACCUGUCCCUCAGUACAAAUGGACCAAAGCUGCUCCAGUGUCCGAGGUUUUCUUCUCUCCGAUGCAGAGAUGGAGAUCCUGCCCUCAGCCCCUGCUCGUGCUCGGGUUCUUGGAUGAGAGGCAGGGAACACUCAGACUCACUAACUUAACCAAAAACAUGUCAGGAAAAUACGUUUGCACGUCCGCGAACACGGCAGGUUCUGACAGCUGUUCCAUCAACCUGGACGUUCACACCUCGUCUAACGCGGCGCUGAUGGCAGCAGUAGCGACUCUGGGCUCGCUGGUCGGGCUCAUGGCCAUGGUUCUGUUCCUCGUCUUCAUCCUGAGACGAAGACGAGAGCCUGAGGAAGACGACAUCGCUAAUGAGAUCAAGGAAGACGCUCUGGCGCCAAAGCGCGCGUCGUGGGCGAAGAGUAACACGGGCUCUGACUCCAUGUCCAAGAACGGGACGCUGUCCUCCGUCACCACCAGUCCUCGACCACAGGAUCCACAUCGGCCCAGUUUCCACUUCCAGUACUCGCCCGUCCCGACCUCGGACGGCUCGGUCGUCCACGCCUACCAGCUGCGACCCGGAGAAGCUAACGCGCUACAGGGACUUCCUGGUUACAACGCGGGAGCCACGCCCACGCGCAAACACAAGCGUCCUCCGUGUUCUAACGGAGCUCUCAGGAGUCCGCUGGUGUCGCUCUCCAACAGGACUGAGCGCGCUCAGCCGCAGGUACCGCCCCCUCUCGCCACCUCACCGCAGACAAGCUCCGCCUCUCUGACAGGUGUGGGAGCGGUCGCUGUCGCGGCGCCUGCUCAGAGUCAAGCCGGGUCUCUGGUGUGACGGCGAAGACGAGACAGAGGGACAGACGGAGAGGACGGAGGGACAUGAAAUGAAAAAAACUGUCUCAAUGAAGACGAGAAGUAAAUGGUGGUUUGUGUUCACUUAAAGGUCCAGUCUGUAAUAAUGAAGUAAAAUGAGCAGAUCGCCCCCUGUGGCAGGAAAUGUCACUGUUUCACGUCUCUGGACGUUUGUUUAUAUCAGAUGUCACAUGACUCUUGUCACAUGACUCUUGUCCUUAAGUGCAAAAUGUAAAAAAAGACCUUAACUAAGGCAACAUCAACCAAACACUUAUUUAUUUAUUCAUUACAAUUCAUUAUUCAUAAACAAUAAACCCUCACAAAUGUUACGCACCGGACCUUUAACAUUCACAGAUUUAUUUAUGACAGAAACAAAGAGAAAUGAUUCAAAUGUUCAUUUAUUAUCUAGUUAAAGAGAGUUAAAGUUUGUGUUAAACUGUGUUAAAGGAUGUUAAUAUAAAUGUUGACGAACGCUUCAGUGAACGUAGAGUUUGUAAAGUUUGAAUUAAAGUUUAUUCAUAUAUUUCUAUUUAUUUAAAAAUGACUCAGUUGCAGCAGACUGAGGCGCAGUGCUGCCCUCUACAGGUCAAAGUCCUCAAUCACACUUUAACCAUCAGACGCUCCGACAAACUCAGUCAGUCGUCAUCAUACGUCAAAUAUGACGUGUUUAACCCUUAAACUGCCAUGUGUUGUCCUGACGAGUGAGUGUGACAACAUUCUAGUAACGACAAGUGAUGUAACGUGAUGUACAAACAAGAAUGAGUCAUAAAAGUUUUUUAAA